AUGCCAAUUUCGGAUGACGUUGAAUUCAGGGGAGAUAAAAUUAGAAUUAAAACUAGGUUGUUUCGUAGCUUUUUCACAGAAACAAUUGACGGAAUUUUAGAAACAGUUGAAUGUGUACUAUCAAAGGUCCCGGAGUCCAUUGACACUAUAAUUUGUGUUGGUGGGUUUUCUGGCUGUCAGCUUCUGAAAGAUGCAUUUUGCGCGAAGUUUCCGGACAAGACUGUCAUUAUACCACCCGAAGCUGUGACGUCAAUCAUGAAGGGAGCGAUUAUUUUCGGUCGGGAUCAGUCUGUUAUCAACAAACGGAUAAGCCGACACACGUACGGUUUGGACUGGAAUGAAGAUUUUGACACAGAAAUCCAUGAUCCUACAAAACGUGAGGAAACAGACGACGGACAUGUCUGUAGAGAUAUAUUUAGAAAAUUGAUUGGAAAGGGGGACCUAGUGUCAUACGAUGAACCGACAAAAAAGAUUGAUGCUUAUGUUAAAUCUAAAUACCAGACUGUAAUAGAUUUUCCAUUCUACAGGUCAGAAAUUAAAGAGAACCCAAAAUAUAUUGAUGAAAUAGGGUGCCAUUUAAUGGGCACAAUGCGAGUUUACCUUGGAGAGUCAAAGGUCAAAAGCCUAGACAGAUGUGUGAAACUGAAAGUAUACUUCGGGGCAACAGAACUCAGAGCUGAGGCUGAAGAUGACACCGGAAAGAAAUAUGAAGUAACAAUCAACCUUGAAGAGACACAAGUUUAG